AUGACCCAAAGCUCGGAUGAACAAGAUGUUCUGGAUGACAUCAACACCUUUGCCUUACCAAAGCACCAUUUACCAGGCACGGACAGAUUUAGUAAGCUAAUCUUGCAGAUUCCAUCUUUGAUUGAUCUUGUCGCCCUCGAACUCCUGGACGUGCCCAAUGGAACCUAUGCAGCAGCAGGCACGGAAUGGCCAGAUGGAACCAGGAGCGACGUUUUAUAUGUGCCACGACUUGGGAUUCAGCAACGCUCCCUUCCACCAAUCCUGAUCGAAGUGCAGCUCGUGGUAAAUGAAGCAUUCAUGCGAAGACUGCAGAACUAUGGCCACAAAAUCUUCGAUCUGUACAAGUCAUAUCCGUUGGUGUUGGUGCUUUGCACGGACAGAGUGUCCCCGACAUCUUUGAUGAACGAUUUUCAAUGUCCGGACCGCCAUCCAUGGAUGAAUAUGCUAAAGUCCUGCAGGUUCUGGGCUCAGGAUUGCUAUCUGUUGACAAGAACAACACUGGCCAAUAAUGGCAGCAACAACAACAAUUGGUCACCUUUAUAUGCAUUGUCAACAUUUAUAAUUGAACAAUCACCCACGCUCUAUGGCCAUUCCAAUCCGGAGCAUCCAACCAUUCGCAUGCUAUAUCGUCUUGCAAAGGAAUGCAUAAACGAGAAAAUGGAAAGAGAACGCCAUUUAUCUGAAGUACUCGACGUUGUCUGCACCAACAAUGAAAAACUGCUACAAAAAUUGGAGAAAUCGAUUGCUGACAUCCCCGGCACAAGCAAAGCUAGGCGUAUCCUCUCAUCCGCAUUCGAAUUCAACCGAUCUGUCAAGCGAAAAUACGUAGAAUUGGAAGAUUCGGAUUCGUCCCUUGAGUCUCUCCCACCAAAUCGAACUCCCAGCCGAGUCUCUAGCCAAAUGAGCUUCAACAUGGAGCGCAGUCAACAAGAAGACGACCUAACGUUCAUCAUCAACUUUCGAAAAAAUCAAACGGGCAAGAUGAACUGGAAUCUUUGUCUCGAAGAAGCCCAUAAAAAUCACUUGUGCAAAGGGUUUUCCACUGUGGCAGGCAUUCGUUCAUUCUUUAACCGUUCCAUGAAAACCCAAGCUUCCCAAUAA